UGAGACGAAAUAGAAAAUUACAAGACGUAAAAGAUCCAACCAUGCCCAGCUCAUACUUGUUCGCCUCCAGCAGCGAGGGACGCGUCUACACGCUGUCCACCAGCUCUGGAGCGUGGCGCGAACUACCUUACCUGGGACUGGAGUUCAAGAAGAUCUGUGCUGUGCCCAACUUCCUGUGGGCCAUUGGCGGAGACCGCCAGGUGUACGUGCAUGUCCAUGGCCUAGACGUGCCCAUCCGGAUCAGGGAGGAGUCGUACGAGAAUGAACGCUGGCUGCCCAUAGAGGGAUUCUCAAAGACACUGCUGCCCACAGAUCGAUACAGGUAUUCAUCGGUAGAUGGCAGUGUGGAGCGCAGCGUAGACAAGAUUCGGCUGCCAUCGAUGGCCUGGCAGUGGGACGGCGACUGGCACCUAGACCUGGAGCUGGAUGGCCAGCAGCUUCCCGAGGAUGGCUGGAUGUACGCCUUGGACUUUCCCGCUUCCUAUUCGGCUAAGAAAUCAUGGAAUUCAUAUGUGCGGCGCCGCAAGUGGAUCCGUUUCCGGCGCUAUGCCGCUUUGAAUAGCUGGUGUGCUGUGGCGCCACUGCACAAGGAUCCCACACAGGAGCCCUUCAUCGACGUUGCCAUCGGUGGCACCAAUGUUCCCAAUGCGCCAGCCGGCACUUUGUGUGUCUGGGCCAUCACCGCCCACGGCAGAGCCAUGUUUCGCACCGGCGUAUCCAAAUCAGCACCCGAGGGCCUCCGGUGGACCGCAGUUCCCACUCCUACGGGCAGUGAGCUCUCACAGAUAAGCGUAGGACCCACAGGCUUGGUGUGGGCGGUUCUAUACAAUGGACGGGUGAUUGUGCGUACAGGAGUUACCCGGGAUAAUCUUUCGGGAGAUGCUUGGUUGGAUGUCAAACCGGUGGCGUCCUGUAGCCUACGCAUAAUUCACGUUUCCGUCGGCACCGACGCCGUGUGGUGCGUUACCAACGACCAUCAUGCCUGGUUUAGGAGAGGCAUUAAGGGCGAAGCUGCCGGUAUAAGCGAAGACUCGGCAAUUGGCAAGGGUUGGGUGGAAAUGGUCGGCAACAUAUCCACGGUUUCAGUAGCAGCUAACGAUCAGGUCUUUGCCGUUGGAGCCGCUGACCGGUGCCUGUACCAUCGGUCUGGGGUGACCACUGCCGAUCCCACCGGCAAAAAGUGGCGUUUAAUUCAGUGCCCCAUGCAGAUCAGUCGCACUUCCAGCUCCCUAUCGAUUGUGUCACGUAAGAGCGGCGGCAGCAGCUCCACUCCCGGCUCCAAGCACCAGAGUUUCUCCAAUCUAUACUCCAAGGAGAAGGAGAAAGGCGUUGUGGAGACGUGCGCCGUGAUAGAGACCGUGCUGCACAGCUCAACCGGCUCAUGCGCCAGCCCUGGAGCAGCAACUGCAAACUUUCUCAAGCACGAACGUUAUCGCCUUGGUGCGGAUUCACCACCGACUAUAGGAAGUCUCAACCUGAAUGAUCGUCACAAGCAGCGAACUGCUGCUCUCAGGGAAACCUCGCACGCAUCCAGUGCCCCUGCCGCGGAUGUGGUCGAGAUCAGUGGAAAGUUUGAGACCCAGCUAAGGAAUCCACGCGCCUGGUCGCCCGUGCGCAGUGUUGGUUCCGUUGUUGGAAUGGAAGCCCAUCCGGAGAGCGAUUCGACGGUAUUCGAAUCGGACUCAACGCACCACGGAUCAGAUGUAUUUCUGGGCGAAGAUGACGACCACACGGGCUCCCAAUUUUGGACGGAGUGUGGCAUCCUAUGGAGCUGCGUGGCUCCGGGUGCGGUGACCGUGGAUGCAAGCAACAUGCCCAAUUGGUUCAAUGAGCAGCUGACCAGCGAUAGCAAAGUGGAUGUGAAUGCCAAUUGGCGAAAGGAUAUUCUUAGCAAACUGCAGCGGCGGCAGGAAAGGCUCGCCAAGCUUCAGACUGUGGCCAAGUUUGAGAAGGCAGUAGAGCUCUCUUCUUGGGUAAAGUCAGCGGACGCCCGCUAUCAGCGACCUGGCGGUGAAUUCGAAGAUUGCGUCAUUGAAUUAGAAUGGGUUAGCAGCGGCAGUGGCGGCGAUGCCUCCAAAUCCGGGGACUCUGGAACGUUUACGGUGCUCAGCCCUGACGGAGCAGCUACGAAAAUUCAAUUUCCUUUGUCGGACAUCACGUGCGUGCAGUCCUGCAGUGAAGCGGGAGCCCCCAGAAUUGCCAUCCAUGCUCCUCAUCUGCCGGUGAACUGCUCACCCGUUAAGCUGCAAUUCUCCAGCGACUCGGAGAUGGAGGAUUGGCUAUCUCAUCUUUCAUCCGUGUGUAGCCAAAUUAACACCCUGGUUGGCAAGCCGGCCAGCAAUGCCAUCUGGCUGACCAGCGAGCUGGGCGAUGUUUUUGUCUUUGAUGCGGCCAAUAUGAAGGCCACACAGCAGACGACAGAGCCGGGUGAAGGGUAUGUCGAGAAAAUGGAUGUGUCCACGUGCGAGACGCCCUACUACAACACACUCUACAAUGGAAUGCCCUGUGGCACUGAACUGGAGAUAUCCGGCUGUGUCUAUGACGAUGCUGAUCAGAUUCGUUUCGAUCUGCAGUCCCACUCCACCAUUAAGGUGCAUCCGCAUCGCGUGGAGAAGCAUCGUGUGAUUGCCUUGCACCUGAACCCGCGCUUCAACGAACGCACCACAGUGCUGAAUUCGAUGAAGGAAUCUGAGUGGCUGGAUGAGAUACGCAAUGAUAAAAUGGCCUUUGCACCGGGAGCUACAUUCUCGCUGAAAAUAAGGGCUCUGAAGGAUCACUACCUAAUGAUUGUGAACAAUGCCGUGUACACCGAUUAUAAGUACCGUAUAGAUCCAGAGAGUGUAACGCGUUUGUAUGUAAGCGGUCGCAUCAAGCUCUUCAGCGUGCUAUAUCGCUGUCCCUCGCUAAUCGUCUCCAUGGAACGAAUGCACUGGCGCCAGAUGGGUGGCCACAUUAAACGAGUCUUCAACAGCGGCGUAGACGUAGUUUGGGGUAUUUCCUGUGACAACACCGCUUGGGUUUACAACGGCGGAUGCGGCAUGUUCUUGAAAGGGCUAGAGGGCUCCGGAAAGAUUAAUCCUAUGAUUGACACGCACACCUACUAUGUGUACGAGAAUCAGCGCUGGAAUCCGAUCAGCGGGUUCACCGCCAAGAGCCUGCCCACAGAUCGGCACAUGUGGAGCGAUGCCAGUGGGCGGCAGAAGCGCAGCAAAGAGCACACAAAGCUUCUAUCGACGCACUGUGAAUGGAUCUCAGAUUGGGCGAUCGAUUACAACAUUCCCGGAGGAGCGGAUAAGGAGGGCUGGCAGUAUGCCAUUGACUUUCCAGCCAACUACCAUGCCCACAAGAAGCUCACGGACUGCGUGCGUCGUCGUAGAUGGAUGAAGAGGUGUCGUCUGAGCAGCAGCGGUCCCUGGCAAGAACUGAGCCAGUCGAAGAUACUCGAUGCAGCCCUU